AUCACAUAUAAAGCCACUCUUAGCCUGAAGGUACUCAAGGCUAAUUGGCACUCUCAUCGAAUAUAUUCAGAUGAGACUUCUUCCCUUGUUGCUUGCGGCCGGAGCUGCCACCGCCGAGCUCUCCCAGGUACCCUUUCAGGACACCCCAGAAGUCGAAGGCUUCCAAACUUUCCAAAGCCAGUUCUCAGAGCAUCAUUCCAUCCGCAUCAAACAGCAACAGAACGACACUCUCUGUGAUGCCCGCUCGAAGCAGUACACGGGCUGGCUAGAUGUUGGCUCCAAGCACAUCUUUUUCUGGUACUUCGAAUCGCAGGACAAGCCGUCCGAAGACCCGUUGCUGCUAUGGCUGACGGGCGGACCUGGUGGAUCGGGCAUGAUUGGCAUGCUUCAAGAGAAUGGACCUUGUCUGAUCAAUGAUUAUGGGAACGGGACUGUUCACAAUGAGUAUGGGUGGAGCAAGAAUGCGAAUACCAUCUAUGUUGACCAGCCGGCGGGUGUUGGCUUCAGCUAUGUCGAUGAGGGUGUACCGCUUCCUGGAACGAGCUUCACUGCUGCUGAGGAUAUGCAUCACUUCCUGCAGCUGUUUACGAGCGAUGUGUUUCCGAAGUUGAAGGGGAAGGAGUUCCACAUCACGGGAGAAAGCUAUGGUGGCCACUACGUCCCUACUUUGGGCGCACAAAUAGUCUCUCAGAACCUACUCUACCCAAAGCGGCCUCAGGUAAACCUACGGUCAAUCUUCGUCGGUAACGCCUUUGUCAGCCCUCUCGACACAGCCUUCGGCUACUGGGAAACGCUCUGCACGACAAACCCUGGCGUCGAGUCCCCCGUCUUCAACCAAACACGCUGCGACAUCAUAGCAACCCACCUCCCUCGCUGCCUAGAGCUAGCACGUGUCUGCUACAACCACCCAGACCCCGCAAUCUGUCUUGCCGGCAAGGAAGUAUGCUGGAACGGCGUAAUCGUGCACUACGACGGCGAGUCCGGCGCAGGAGGCCGUAACCGCUUCGACAUCACGCAUCCUUGCGAGACAGGAGAUGACUUCUGCUACUCCGAGAUCCCACGGAUCGGGGAGUAUCUCAAUCUGCCCUGGGUAUACAAAGCUCUGCAUGUGCCCAAAGCAGUCGGCAAUUACAGUGUCUACUCCGAAGAAAUCGAAACUGCAUUCUCGCUAACGAACGACCUGGGUAUUAGCACACAGCCGCAGGUUCUGUACCUGUUGGAGAACGGCAUUGAUGUGCUGUUCUACCAAGGUAAUUUGGAUCUUGCGUGCAAUACAGCAGGUAAUCUGCAGUGGGCCAAUUCUAUGCCCUGGAAGGGUCAGCCGGCGUUCGUUGCGCAGAGCAAGCAGACGUGGAAGGACGGGAAGCAGGAGGUUGGAUGGUUCAAGGAAGUCAAAGUCGUGACUUCUAGUGGUAGAGAAACGACCUUUGCGCUCAGUACUGUUAAUGGAGCGGGACAUUUGGUGCCGUUUGACAAGCCGAAAGAGGCGUUGGCGCUGGUGGACAGGUGGUUGACCAAGCGCAGUUUCGCGUAGUCGCGUGUGUCAGCAAAUGAUGUAAAAAGCUUGAGAUACUCAGAAUAGCUC